AUGUCGGAAACGUUUAUUCCCACCACCCUCUUCCAAGAACCAGAGACGUACACCCCGGACCCCCGGCCUGGAACUCUGGCCACAUACACCACCAUCAAGACGAACGAAAACAUUCAGAUCAAUUUGGUAGGCUCCUCCCCACUCUAUGGACAUAUUCUCACACAUGCCUGUCUAUACCUGGCAAAAUACUUGGAAAAUAAUGCCGAUACUGUCGUUCGGGGGAAGAGUAUCCUUGAAGUGGGUGCCGGUGGAGCACUGCCUUCCAUAUUGGCUGCCCGUUUGGGCGCCCAAUACGUGGUGUCUACAGAUUACCCGGACCCGGACCUUAUUGUCAACAUCCGCAAGAACAUCACUGAAAACAACGUCCAAGACAACUGUUCGGCCCUAGGGUACAUUUGGGGGAACGACACUACGGAAAUUGUCGAUAUGUUAAAGACAAACACAGAUGGCUCCAAAUCAACUUUUGACACAAUCAUCCUGAGCGAUGUCAUAUUCAACCAUAGUGAACAUCUGAAACUUUUGCAAACUUGCAGAGACCUACUCACCCCUAAUAAGGGGAAGAUUUUGGUCACAUUCUCACCGCACAGACCUAAACUCUACCAUGCAGACCUGCAAUUCUUUGAAACUUGUCAGCAAGACCCUUUCAAUUUCACUCCUCACUUUGUCGAAAUGCAGCAUUGGAGCCCCCUAUUCAAAGACGACACAGAUGAGUCCACUGUAGAGCUUCGCAGUAGGGUAUACUUCUACAUCCUCGACUAG